CCAAGAUAUCAUUAAUUCAUUUACAGGAAUAUAACACACCCAAACUGAACUCUUCGAUUUUGUUUUCAACACCGUCUGAAAGCUUUGUAUUCGAUAGGAAAUUAAGAUGGCUACUGGAUGGUCAACAGUCACUAAAGAAAACACCAACUUUGCACGAUUGUGUCACUUUCUUAUCGAUGGAGGAACACACGUCCUUAGAGACAUUUUUGAUGCCAAACAUCCACCUCCUGAUCUGAAGAAACACCUCCAGKACCCUAYUAACCACAGCAUCUUAAAGAAUUUGAAAUCUAAGAAAAUACUUCGACCAGAACAGUGGAAAAAAUUGUAUUGUGCAGGAACCCCAACAUCUGCAAGCUUUGACAUAACUCUCCUAAGUUUACUGUUGAGGAAUAUCUGCAGUUUACCAACACCUGCCAAUGGAUGGGACAAGGAGCCUGCAGCAACAAGUACAAACCAACAAGAUGAUAUAGUGAGGAUACGGCUGUUUCGAAAUGAUCUUCAUGGUCACAUCUCUACAGCAGCUCUUUCAGAUGCUGACUUCAACACGUUCUGGAGUGAUAUUGAGAGUGUGUUGGUAAGACUUGGUGCUGACAAAGAAGCCAUUGAUAAUCUGAAAAUACAAUCAAUGGACCCAGAAGAUGAAAAAUACUAUAUCCAAUGUAUACAAGAAUGGUUURAUUAUGAACAAACAGUACUCAAGGCAUUGGAGGAAACAGAAAAGAGACUAGGACAAAAGAUGGAUCAAGGAUUUGAAAAGAUGAGAGAAGCAGUUUUACCCAGURAACCAAUAGGAAAACUGACACUGGAAGAUUUGGAGUUGUACUCGAAAAAUCUUAAGGAAGCGAUAACAAMGCAAACARACAUGCAGCUACCAAAAGGAAUAAUAGAUGAGGAAGCAGUAAAAACAGACGACAUCUUCACCAAUUUAACAAUUCACCACRGYGAGAAAAAAARCGUUCGGCAAAUCAAAAGACCUCGAAUGGAUCACCCUUCCCGUAAAACAAUUACUCAAAUUMAGCACUGCUCGCAAAUAUUUGUYGAUGAAASUGAAGGAAAGAAGAGAAAAAGAAUAGYGGUUGCUGGUGAGCCUGGCAUAGGAAAAACUWUAUUUUCACACAAACUUAUUCGAGACAUGGCCAAGAAUUGUAUAACAGUCCCUGAYAUUAARUUCACUUACCUGAUAACAUUCAGGCAAUUGAACUUGCUUGACGAAGAAAAGUUGAGUCUCAGAGAGCUGCUKAAUCUUUGCCCUUUAUUGAACGAGARAACUAUGAUCAACGACCCUCUAAUUGAGUCAACCUUUCAGCAGAGUGGAAUGUUUAAGGAGUGUCUGGUACGAACAGCUUCCUAA